ACCGCCCGAAUCCAGACCCAACGCCGGCCGCGCACUUUACUCCGCUCUGACUGACUCCCCUCUCGCCCAGGUGGAUACAUAGAUAGGCUGAUAGAUAUAGCUUUGGAAGGAUCGGAUCGGAUCGACCCAAGCGGCUGCCCAAGUACGCCAGCGUCCCAUCCUCGUCGGCCGAGCAAGCAAGUGCAGCUAGCGGCAGCGGGGAGCAGACAUGGUGUCGUUGCAGUCGGCGCUGCUGCCGGAGGCCGGCAAGCGGCCCCCGUGCCUCUCCUUCGCCGACGCCAGCGUCGUCGCGUCCACCGCCACCAGCAAGAAGCGUAAGCGGGACGGCGAGGUGGAGGAGGAGGAGGAGCACGACGGGAUCGAGCUCAAUUUCGACGCCGCGCCGCUCCCCCUCGAGUGGCAGCGCUGCCUCGACAUCAAGUCGGGGCAGAUCCACUACUACAACACCAGGACGCACAAGAGGACGUCCAAGGACCCGAGGCGGCACGGCGGCGCGGCGCCCGCGGUGGAGGAGGACGUCGCGAAUUGCGGGCCGCAAGGGCUGGACCUGGACCUGAACCUGGCGUUCGAGCCGCGGCGUAGUUCGCCCGUCAAGGAGCUGCAGAAGAACGCCGAGGCCAAGCCAGCGGCGGCGGGAGGCGAUCGUCACGGGGACCAGGCGCCGGGCAGCGCAUCCGGCGGCAUGGAGAUGGUGGCGGCCGUGUGCAUGCGGUGCCACAUGCUGGUGAUGAUGUGCCGCGCGUGCCCGGCCUGCCCCAACUGCAAGUUCCUGCACCCGACGAGCCGGCCCACGCCUCCGCCGCCGGAGCCGGCGCCGCUCAAGCUCGGUCUCCAGCUGCUCUGCUGCAGGGACUAAGCUCGCUCCUAUAGAGAUCAGAUCAUGCAUGCAUGGACCAAGCUAGCAUUCGAAUAUCCGAUCGAUCGUCUCAUGGUGCACCUUGAUAUAAGUGCAACGAGGACUGUUACAGUGCACCACAAGUAAUGUUGUACUCUACGUUGACCAUGUAGCUGCGGACGAGUGUUUGUACAUGUGCAAGUAAUAAACAAUGAUGGUAACUAAA